AGAGUCAAGGUUUUCAAAGAAAGAAAAUUAAUUUUCUACUUGUAUUAAUUAUCUGAACUAAAAAUGGACCGCAAGAAAGUAAUGGAGAAGCCCUACAUUAAGCGUUCCAUUUCAAAAACCGUUCGUGACCAGUACAAGUGCUUCUUGGAGAAGAACCCGGACAGUCCAAAAGGCUUUGAGCGUGGACUGGAGCCACUCAGGAUAGUGGGGGUCACCGACUCGUCCGGGGAGCUGAUGUAUCUGAUGUUAUGGAAGGGCAGUGACUGUGUAGACGAGGUGCCCGCUGAGUUGGCCCACAAUCGGUGUCCCCAGUUGGUCAUCCGCUUCUACGAGGAACGCCUCGUGUGGGCAUCAAAAGGCGAAGGAAAGGGGAAAAGCAAAGAUAACUGAAGGAUCCGGGUGCAGAUGGAUUUUCCGGAUAUACGCUCAUAUCAUACUCGACGUAUCCAAGCUGGUUAUAAGGCUGAUCCUGUUCCAAAAUCUAAUAAUUCUCCUCAUACUAAACACAUACAAAAUCCAUCAUAUUCAACACAAUAAAUGGAAGUGCUGUUUGCUGCACAAUCUUACA